AUGAAACUUCUCCUCUUUAUCUUUCUUCUCACCCGACCUGAACAAUAUUUUUUCCAUCAAUUCAUUCGCAAUGACACUCGUCGACAAGCAAUCGAAGAGAAAUCCUCAGUCAAACCCAUGAUCUCCAAUAAAGUUUUUCUCAUCAUUAUCGCUUGUCUUUUCCUAGUUGUAGUUGCCACAAUCUUAACAGUUUAUUUGACCAAAGAUCAAAUGAAAGAUUUUGUCAUUCAAAUGCGCCGCAAACAUCGCGGUCCGACUAUUCAUCAAUUCAAUCCUCAUGGUGUCAUGUCCGAUCAACAGAAAUCAGCUGCGCAUGACAAAGUUCCAGUUGGACAUGCGAAUACGAAACGCGAACGAACAUCAAUGCAUGCCUUUAUGAAUCUGUCGAGUAAACCUCAGCAAAACUCCUUUUCCGAUUAUCGACACUCUCAAUCCGCCGCAGAUCUUUUUCUCUAUCGAUGA